AACACCAUCCAGCACAACCUAAGCUGAAAGAGAUACUCAGAACACUGGAAGCAACUGAGCAGUGGAUUUUGAAUGAGCUUUGCCCUGACUGACAUGAGGCAGUGAUGCCUUCGUGGUUUUGAAAAGGAGCAGGUAGUGAAUGCUCUUCCAUCGACCCAGGGAUGGUGACAAGCAAGGGUGACAAAUGGGUGCCGACUUGCAGUGAACUUGUGAGAAUGCCUCGACCCGCUACCCUAGCUCCUUUACAUGGCACCUUUCUUAUGCUAUUUCUCUGCUGGGAUGCCCUCGUUUUGGCAGUGCCCCUUGGUCCUGAUUAUUUGCAACGUGGCUGGCAGAGGCUUCUAGAGGAAGGGGAGAGUUGCGUGGAGUGUAGGUUGGAAGAAUGCCCCACCCCUCGCGGCUGCCUGGCUGGAGUAGUCCUGGACGCCUGCGACUGUUGUUGGGAAUGUGCAAAUCUAGAGGGACAGAUCUGUGACCUGGACCAUACCAAUCACUUCUAUGGCAAAUGUGGGGAUCAUUUAGAGUGCCAUCUUGAUUCGGAAGACCUGCAACAUGGCGAGGUGCCUGAGCCCCAGUGCACUUGUUUAUCUAGCCAAGCUCUUUGUGGCUCUGAUGGCAAAACAUAUGCUCAGAUCUGCAAAUUCCAAGAGGUGUUUAAUUCCAACCCUGAGGCUAAUCUCACUGUAGCUCAUGAAGGACCUUGUGAAUCAGAGCCCCGUAUUGUAUCUCCUCCUUAUGAUAUCUGGAACAUCACUGGGCAAGAUGUGAUCUUUGGCUGUGAGGUCUUUGCAUUUCCCAUGGCAUCUAUUGAAUGGAGGAAGGAGGGUCUGGAUAUGCUGCUUCCUGGAGAUGACCCCCACAUUUCAGUUCAGUUUAGGGGAGGUCCUCAGAAGUAUGAGGUAAGCAGCUGGCUUCAGAUCCAAGCUGUGCGACUGACUGAUGAAGGAACGUAUCAUUGCUACGCAAGAAACAGUGUUGGGCAAGUGGCAGCUCCUGCCAGCCUUAUGGUCCUCACUCCUGAUCAACUGAAUUUAACCUCACUGGCUCUGCCCAAGGGACCCAACCUGGGAUCAAAUGAUGACUGGGAGAGUGAUGAAUUGUAUGAUUAUUACUGAGAAGGACAUAUGUAGGAUUCAUAAUGCAGGGUCAUUUGUAUUCUUUCCCAUUUGAACAUUUAUUUCAUCAUCAACUGGUGCCUCAGUUCCCUAGAAUAAUAAUGAAUAUGGAAACUCUAGGGUGAAUUUAAAGAAGCCAAAGGAAAUUUUUCUAUGGAGAACUUUAAUAUAAGUUAAUUCUGGGUAAACAAAAUCAAUAUACUUAAUUGUAUGACCAAUCCCUGGAUGACAAGUACAUCAAAGUAGGUAGAAGAGAAGAAGUUAUUGUAUUUAACUGAUACAAAUCAAAUGGACAUUAAAAAGGACUUUGAUUAGCUUCUGGGGGAGUAUAAUUUCAUUGAUUUGAUGUAUCACACUCACAAUUAUCUUUUCUAAUUGUUCAGAGAUUAGACUACAUUGAUGCAUAUAAUUCAAGUAACAGAAACCUUGGAGAAAAAAGAAGCCCUUUUCUUUUAAUGGGAAGCCUAAGAGUCCAGCCUAAGAACUAAAAUCUCUAGCAACAUUCAGUUUAACUUUCAGUAAAAUCUUUAAAGGAGGAAAGAUUAGAUCAGCAGGGAAGGAAACUGCUAAACAAGUUUUGGAACAGCUUUUAAAAUGGAAACCAGAUUUCAAAGUGUGCCAAAACAUAUACUGUAUAUAAACUGGAUGAGGCGUGCAGGAUAUUAUUUGGCGAGGCCUAUGUUGUCACAGCUUUGGGUUUCCUCGUUGCAGAAAGAAGAAUGAAUAUCAAUUAAAAAGUGAUGAUCAAAGAGACCACAAUUGAACUC